AUGGCAUCAGCCUUCGUCAAGCUCGAUGAUUCCCCUAUGUUCCAGAAACAGUUAUUUUGUCUUGAAGAAACAGCUGAUGAGUUAAAGGAUCGGUGCCAGAAACUAUAUAACGGGUGUAAGAAGUUUAUGACUGCUUUAGGGGAAGCAUACAAUGGAGAAAUAUCCUUUGCUGAUUCAUUAGAAGUAUUUGGUGGUGGCCAAGAUGACCCUGUUAGUGUAUCAAUUGGAGGGCCAGUCAUAACUAAGUUUAUUACCGCACUGCGUGAGCUAGCUUCUUUUAAAGAGCUUCUUCGUUCACAGGUAGAGCAUGUGUUGAUUGACAGGCUGACAGAGUUUAUGAAAAUUGAUUUGCAAGAUGCAAAGGAUUCUCGUCGUCGUUUUGACAAAGCUGUGCAUUCUUAUGAUCAGUCACGUGAGAAGUUUGUCUCUUUGAAGAAGAAUACACCAGAUGAAGUUGUUUCUGAAUUAGAAGAGGAUCUACAAAAUUCAAAAUCAACAUUUGAAAAAAGUCGCUUCAAUCUAGUAAACUCACUCAUGAAUAUUGAAGCAAAAAAGAAGUAUGAGUUCUUGGAGUCCAUUAGUGCAAUUAUGGAUGCUCAUUUGAGAUAUUUUAAGCUGGGUCAUGAUUUACUAAGUCAAAUGGAGCCCUAUAUUCACCAGCUUGAGAAGAUAUCUCCUGCACUAUCUUAUACUGUUACUAGGACUGUGCUAACAUAUGCACAGCAAUCUAAAGAACUUGCUAACAUUGAGCAAGAUAAGCUUGCAAAACGGAUUCAGGAAUACAGAACACAGGCAGAGCUGGAGAAUAUACGAGUAUCAAGCAAUUUUACAGAAACCAUGCCAGGCUCUGAAGGCCACGUUGUAGGUUUGAACUCAUACAGAAGUUUAGAUUCAGGGAUGCUGGCUGCAACCAAAGGGGAGGCAACUUCAAACAAUAAAACAGGGUUAUCUGUUAAAACGGUCAUCAAGCUCACGUGGAGAUUGGAAACGAAGGGUUCUUCUGAACAAAAUAGUGGAAUGUUUGGUAGAUUCCGUUUGAAACACAACAGGGCUGCAUCACUAAAUGACGAUAUUUUAGGUUGUACAGUUGAUCUGUGCACAUCGACUAUAAAGAUGGAUGCAGAGGAUACAGAUCUACGACUUUGCUUCCGAAUAAUUUCUCCCUCCAAAACAUACACACUACAGGCCGAAAAUGAAGCUGAUAGGAUGGACUGGGUAAACAAAAUUACUGGAGCUAUUACAUCACUUUUUAAUUCACAUUUUCUCCAACAGCCUCCAUUUGGUAGAGUGAAUUCACAAAAUAAAAACUCAGCAAUUGGUGCUUCUUUGUCAAGUCAAUCGGAGGAUGGUCAGAAAUCAUCGAAGGAUGAUGUAUAUUCCAAGGAAGUGGGAAGUGUCUCUAAGAUUUUAAGGGGAAUUCCGGGGAAUGAUAAAUGUGCUGAGUGCAGUGCUCCUAAGCCAGAAUGGGCAUCUCUUAACCUUGGCAUAUUGCUAUGUAUUGAAUGCUCUGGAGUGCAUCGAAAUCUUGGUGUUCACAUCUCAAAGGUGAGAUCUAUAACAUUAGAUGUUAGGGUUUGGGAAAAUACCGUUUUGGAGUUAUUUGAUAACUUAGGUAAUGCUUAUUGUAAUUCUAUCUGGGAGGGCUUGCUUCUACGUGAUCAUGAAAGAGUAGGUACAUUACAUCUGCCUAUUAAACCUUGCGCGAUAGAUGCCUUCCAAAUCAAGGAGAAAUACAUCCAAGCAAAGUACGUAGAAAGAUCACUAAUAAUCCGAGAAGAGGAUAUACCCAGGAGUCCUUCAGUUUCCAUAAGAAUCUGGCAAGCAGUUCAGUCUGUAAAUGUACGAGAAGUGUAUCGCCUUAUUGUUACAUCAACGUCAAAUGUGAUUAAUACAAAAUAUGGUGAUGAGGUUCACCAUGCUGCUGAUGCUGAAGGGCAUCAGCAUGAUCCUGAAUCCUGUCUUAAGGUUGAAGAGACUAUUGAGACUGAGAGGUGUUUCCGUGGAUGGUCAUUAUUACAUUUGGCAUGUCGUACUGACAGUGCACUGAUGGUUGAGUUGUUGCUCCAAUUUGGUGCUGAUAUAAACAUGUGUGACUAUCACGGAAGAACUCCCUUGCACCAUUGCAUUACAAGUGGGAAAAAUAAAUUGGCAAAAUUUCUAUUAAGAAGGGGUGCAAGGCCGUCAGUUAAAGAUGCCGAAGGGCUCACUAUUCUUGAAAGAGCAAUGGAGAUGGGAGCAAUAACUGACGAAGAGCUAUUUAUCAUGCUUGCUGAAUGCCAGUGA